GCAGCGGCAUGCGGCAUGCCGGUACCACCUGAAGCCCCUUCCCCGUGUCGCCAGCCGCGUUACCAUGUCGUCCUUCCUUCUCGAAGGAGGGGUACUCUAAACUUAGCCACGACUCGAGGAAACUCGACUCGCAUUCAGUGCAAAACCACCAUCCUCUCGAAUCAGUUUCUUCAUAGCCCAUUCUUCACUGUUACUACCUGUGUGUGUUUCUCCCUUCACGCUCAAAUACGUUCAGUUUCAGAUCAGCGUUUGACAAAUAUCUCGGAGAAUGGCGUACAGCUGGGACAAUCGGGUAGAUUUCAUUACAUAGACAACAAUGGCAUAUUGGAGAAGCACGAUUUCGAAUGCAUGGCUCUCAAGAUGACCUUAAUCGAAGGGAAAGGAGAGUUCAGUUAUGGUCGUUAUCAAGAGAACCUGCACAUUAUGCUUUCCCUGUGGGAAGAAAUCGCAGAGCUUGCCGAUUUCAAUAAAGAUGGCAUUGUAACUAUCGAGGAGUUCAAGGAAGCGGUGCAGAGAAGUUGCGUCGGACGAGAAUAUCGAGACUUCCCUCAGGCGAUGAAAAUGUUCAUCGACAGUCACUUUAAGAUAGUAGAUUUAAACGACGAUGGUGUAAUCGCUGCCGAUGAAUUUCGCUACAAUUGCGUAACAAGAAUUCCUGUAGACAAUGUAAACAUCUUGGACGAAGCCUACCAAAAUCUUCUUAAUGACGACGACCGGAGACGCGGUGGGAUAACGUUGUCGCGUUAUCAAGAACUAUACGCGCAGUUUCUUGGCAAUCCGGACGAGAAUUGUCCAGCAGUUCAUCUGUUUGGUCCUUUACAUGCGAUGGAUUAAUUACACACGGUUUUACAUAUGUUUCGAGUUCAAGGCAAACGGUGAUUCUCAAGUGUGCAUGUACAAAAAAAGACAAUCCUUUAAUAUAUUAUUAACAUUAUAUUAAUUUAUGUAAGAUGUGUAUGAUGUACGCAAUAAAUCCUCUAUUUUAUUGUAAAAUUCUCGGUCUCUGUAAAAGAAAGAGAAUAUCCGCCGGUACUGUUUUUCCACACUACUACACAUGCACAAAGAAUGUAUCGUUCUUCUACACAUGAAUACACAGAAACGUUUGUAUCGUACAAACAGAAAAGAAUUUUAUUUGUAUUACGUGUUAACAUGGUAUUGUGUUGUUCGGACAUCUCUUUGGUAGUAUUUGCCGUGCUUUGUCUCCAUCACACAAAAAUUUAAUACUGAAGAUUCUGCGGUGAUAUGUUGUUCAUAUACAUUUUUCAUACGUGAAUGAACCCGAGUAUAAUUUUUAAGUUUUACCUGUUACCAGGCGUACAGCACAUUUUUAUUUAACAUUCAUAAUACUUCUUUUUUGUUAACCAUGUAUACAUGUAGGACAUGCUUUUGACUGUUUGAAUACUAAUCUCAUAUGUAUAACGAAUACUCAACUGGAUUUACAAACAUCGAUUUAUACGAACAAGUAUCAUUUUUUUUUUUUUUCACCCGUAUACACAGCGUAAUAUCGUAACAAUCACCAACGGAUCUAUAAUUUAACUAGCGAGGUUCUUUACAACAUUGUGUCACGUAUUCUUUUUGUUGUCAGUAUAAAAAUUGUUAUCUGUAUACAAAUAAUUUUACAAAACAUACGAGUCUGAACUCGUGUUUACGGGGAAUAUUUACGUUUAUAAAGGGGGGAUUGACAUCGUUUCGAUGCGAUUAAGCUAGCUUCAAAACAUCAUUCUCCAUUUAAUUUCGCACACAGAAAAACAAUAUUGUUUUAAAUUUGUUAUAGGCAUUGAGUACAAACGUACAACUCUUACAAGACACCGAUGAUGCACGCAACAAAAAUUAAACACGUUUAUGUUCUUUAACCUCCAAUAACAAGGCUAACUGUCUCUUUCUUUUCUCUUUUCGUCAAAUUUAUUGAUUACGUAGAAUUAUUUAGGCAAGUUGCAAGAAGAGAACCUAAUAGAACCAAGCAGUUACUAGACGUUAUUAAAAAAACAAUUGAUAUUUGGAUCUUGUGACUCGCCUAUGUAGUAACCUAAACCAAGUAAAAUUGCAGACAAAAAUAACUAAA